CGUGUGUGUGUGUGUGUGUCUGUUGGAACAGCUGAAGCCCCGGAUCGUCAGGAAUGCGGUAGAUGGUGAGAGAUUCAGGACUUUUAUGGAAAGCAGAGACUGGCUGAGACGUAACUUCACCCGAACGACAUUGAGUUGGACUCACAGGCAGCGCGCUCGUCUCCGCGUCGGCCACUUUGGAUUGGAGUUUAUUCGCUUUAUUUAUUUACCGACGCCCAGUCUUCUGUGCCGCAAGGAUAUCAAUUUGGGGAAAAAAAACAAAACCUGACGGACGUACCUGUUUUAAGAAAGGUGUUCAAAAGUAAGUCCAGUGCCCAGUCAAAGUGUCUAUAAGGCGUAGCCAUGACUGAUGUGGCACAAAAAACUGAGAUCCUUCUCUCUACUUCCAAACCUAUUGCAAAAUCCUAUGUGCCCAAACUGGGCAAAGGGGAUGUAAAGAACAAGUUUGAGACAAUGCAAAAGGCAAGGGAGGAAAGAAGCAGAAGAAGAAAUCAGGAAGAGCACCAGAGAAGGAGGGAACAGUACAUUAGAGAAAAAGAGUGGAACCGAAGGAAACAAGAGCUUAAAGAAUUACUCGCUUCAGACGAUGAGGAAGACACUAAGCCAGCAAAACCAGAUAAAUCUUACGUGCCGAAGAUAACAGGAAGUGUGAAAGGCAAAUUUGCAGAGAUGGAGAAGCAAAGAAAAGAAGAAGAAAGAAAAAAAACAGUAGAGGAAAGAAAGCGCCGGCUAACGCAGGACUUGGUGGAAAAGAAGAAGAUUCAACGGGAGCUGGCAAAGAAGGCACAGGAGGAAGUUGAAGAUACAAGUGUUGUUGAAGAAACACCAUCAAAAACGGCCAAAAAUCCAGGCAAAAUUAAACUCAACUUUGAAGAACUAGAAAAAGUCAGGGAGGAGGAAGAGAAGAAGAAAACUGAAGAAGAGAAAAAAAAGAGAUACGAACACCACCGGCGUUCCUUCCGUGAGGCAAAGCGCCAGUCAUCAACUAUGUUGCAAGAGGAUGCACCGAUUAAAGAAUGCAAAGAGCAGAUCACUCCCAGAAAACUUAAGAUGACUUUCGAGGAAGGAGAAAAGGAAAGACAGGAACUUCAAAAAAGGCAAACUGAAGAGGAAGCCAAGAAAAGACUUGAAGAGGAAAAGCGAGCUUUUGAAGAAGCCAGACUCCAAAUGGACAAUUUAGAUGAGGAUGAUUUGGAAUCCAGUCCUACAAAAGAAGAGUUCCGUCCAGGAAAACUAAAGCUAAGCUUUGAAGAGCUUGAAAGGCAAAGAAUUGAGGAAGAGAAAAAGAAAGCUGAAGAAGAAGCUAAAAGGCGCAUUGAAGAAGAAAGGAAAGCCUUUGCUGAAGCCAGAAAAAGCAUGGUAUUAGAUGAAGAUGAUGAAGUUCUUGCAGCAAUUCUCUCAAAAGAAUCCCUCAAGCCAGGUAAACUUGCAAUAAGCUUUGAGGAGCUAGAAAAACAGAGACAGCAAGAAGAGCAAAAGAAAGCCGAGGAAGAAGCAAAAAAAAGGCUGGAAGAGGAGAAAAGGUUCUUUGCAGAAGCGCGGAAAAGUAUGAGUCCAGUCCAGGAUCAGGAAAGUUCUCUGCUGAAGAAUUAUGGAGAGGAUGAUGUUCUAGAUGAAGAGGACACCAUUUCCAAAUGUGAUUCUGAAGAGGCUCUGUCACCUGGCAAACUGGAAAUAAACUUUGAAGAACUGCAAAGACAAAAAGAGGAAGAAGAACGAAGACGUACUGAAGAAAAACGCAGGGAAAAACUGGAAAUGGAAAAACAAGAAUUUGAGAUACUCAGACAAGAGAUGGGAGAGGAAGAAGUGAACGAAUCAAAUGAGGUUGUGAGUAGAGAAUAUGAGGAACUAAUAAAGCUAAAAAGAACUGGCACAAUACAAGCAAAACAUUUGAAGUCUAAGUUUGAGAAGAUUAAGCAACUUACGGAAGAGGAAAUACAGAAGAAAAUUGAGGAGGAAAGAGCCAGAAGAAAGGCAAUUGAUCUUGAAAUAAAGGAGAGAGAGGCAGAAAAAUUCCAAGAGGAUGACGAGGAAGAACAAACAAAAAUACACAGAGCUGAGGAUGCACCAUUCAAACACAAAGUGGAUAUGAAAGCUCGGUUUGAGCAGAUGGCCAGAGCAAGAGAGGAAGAAGAAAGGAGGAGAAUUGAAGAACAGAAAAUUUUAAGAAUGCAGUUUGAACAACAAGAAAUUGACGCAGCCUUACAAAAAGCAAAAGAGGAAGAGGAGGAAGAAGGAAGCACCAUUAAUGGCUCAUCAGUGUAUGAAGAGGAUGAAGAUCAUGCCAGAUCAGGGGCCCCAUGGUUUAAGAAACCUCUUAAAAACCUCUCUGUGGUUGAUGCUGAACCGGUUCGAUUCACUGUAAAAAUCACUGGAGAACCAAAACCAGAGGUUACUUGGUGGUUUGAGGGGGAAAUGCUUCAGGACUGUGAGGACUAUCAGUAUAUUGAAAGAGGAGAAACAUAUUGCCUUUACCUUCCGGAGACCUUUCCUGAAGAUGAAGGAGAAUAUAUGUGUAAAGCAGUCAACAGCCGUGGGACAGCUGCUAGUACAUGUAUUCUAACUAUUGAAACUGAGGACUACUGAAAUCCUGCUUUACUGGAUCUUUUUUCUUUACUUCCCUUUCACUCCAUCUUUUCUAUGGUGGGGCCAAAGCCAAAUAUGUAUUAAAAAACAAAAACCAUUCCUGUAAGGAUUAAAAACAAAAAAUGCAUCAAACACUGCUUACCAUUUUGGUAUCCAUUCUAUAAACUUCAAAUGUCUUUUUCCUUGAUAUCAUUGCACUUACUGAUAGAUACCUUUAUACGCUGAGUGACUGUAUACCAUAAUACAAUGAGUGCAACCGGACUUUUGAUACACACAAUGCAUAAUGUAAGGAAGUGGUAGAGUACUCAAAUAGUAAAUGCUGGCAAGUACACACUUUUCUUGUGGCUAACUUGAAGCCCGCCUUAAU